CAUGUUCAUGUGAGGGAGGGUGGGAGCAGAUGGGCGGAUCCUCCACAAUCAUGUGGUAGUAUGUUUAUCGUAAAAUUAAAUAUUACAUUUGAAUCAUCUUGCCUAGAAAAAUAGCCAAGACGUUUCCAGCUGUGAACGAAAUGCUAGCCAACAAAAUUAGCCAGCAACUGGGUCGCCCCACUCAGUCCCUGCUUGGGUGGAUCGUGAAAAAAUUCCUCACCCGGCACAACCAGGUAUUGGAGGUGAAUGCUGUGAGGCUGUGUGGGAUCCAGCCAGACGACACCGUCCUGGAGGUGGGGUUCGGGCCGGGCCUGGGGCUGGAGGCUGCUGCCUCCCACCUGACCGACCCCAGGGGGAAACUGUUUGGGGUGGACUAUUCUGAGUUCAUGUACAAGGUGGCCAGCGAGAGGGUCCAGGGGCUCAUCACCAGUGGGAAAGCCACCCUGCAUCAAGCCAGUGUAGACGCCAUGCCUUUGUCAGACAGCAGUGUGGACAAGGUCUUCCAUUGCAACUGCUACUACUUCUGGCCAGACCUGAGGGCAGGGGCUGCAGAAAUGCACAGGGUGAUGAAACCAGGAGCAUUAAUGGUGGUGACCCUUCGAGCUGAAAAUGUGGCCUGGGUGGCAUCCAAGAACCUCAUUCCAGGAGAGAACUGGCGCCCGGAAAGCUACAUGGAUGCCUUGAGAGCGACCGGAUUCACAGAUAUCCGAAUGGAGGAGAACGUGGAUAAAAACAUAACUUUCCAGGCAAUAUUUGCCACCGCGUCUAAGUAAAGGACGCCAGACCUCCAUAGCUUUGGCCUUGAGAGUGAACAGCUAGAAGAGGUCACCCAGCAUCUGAGCCUCUAUCUGCUCAACUGUCAUUAUCCUUGAUCCCAGUCAAACUAGACUAUUAAUGAAUUACUCAUUUUGAAAAAAAAAAAAGAGCCUUUACCUUUAAUGUUCACGGAUCAACUGGUUGGCUUUCUGCCGAUGGAAAAGCUCACUUUGGAACUCCAAAACCAUAAUUCAGGACGGCCUGUAGGUUGAUGUACAUUACAUUACAUUACAUUAAUGGCACUUGGCAGACGCUUUUAUCCAGAUGACGAACAGUUGAUUAGACUAAGCAGGAAACAAUCCUCCCCUGGAGCAGGGUUAAGGGCCUUGCUCAGGGGCCCAACGGCUGUGCGGAUCUUAUUGUGGCUACACCGGAGAUGGAACCACCAACCUUGCGGGUCCCAGUCAUUUACCUUAACCAUUACGCUACAGGCCGCCCCCUGUACAUGACUGGGACCUGCAAGGUCGGCAGCCGUUGGGCCCUUGAGCAAGGCCCUUAACCCAGCAUUGCUCCAGGGGAGGAUUGUCUCCUGCUUAGUAUAAUCAAUCAACUGUGCGUCGCUCUGGGUAAGAGCAUCUGCCAAAUGCCAUGAAUGUAAUGUAAUGUAAUAAUUCAGCUUUUGAAAUGUUGUGGGUAUCCUUGAUGUCCUACAUGGAAGGUUCUGAUCUUUCACUCAAGAUUCCACCCUCCAAUAUAGGCACAUAAUGUAAAAUAAUAUCUUUUUUAUUACUGACAUAAUUAUUUUUUUGGCUAUUUUAUAGUUUUAAAAAAUCCGGGUAUCAAGGAAAACAGUUAAAAAGGAGAAAAUAUAUAUGAUUGGAAAUAAAGUACCGGCAAAAUAUAAAAAACUGAUUUUCAUGUGUUGUUACUAAAGUAUACACAUUGAAUUGCUCAUAUGUAUACCAUGGAGACAUGUCAUUGUACAUGCUGCUUGGAGUUGUAUGAAGUGGCCAGUAGUUUUAUUUAUUUCUUUAUUUUGCUUUUGCCACAAGCUAAUGUAAAUAUCUGCCCUUCCUCACACACCAAAAACUGUCUUAUGGAAUUGGAAGCUUAGUCAGCAGAUUGCUGCCUGUGAUUUGCAGGUCCUGUCCCACUGCAGUGUACUGUCCUGAUUGCAAACAACUUUUGCUGUUCAGCCACCAUGCUCUUGUAAAACGUAGCUUUGAAAAAACAAAGUAAUGUUUUUAGGUCAGCCUACAACAGCAUAAACGACCACGGAAUUAAAUUAACCAAAAUUAAGCUCCAAUCUUGAGCCAGUUGUACAAUUAUUUUACCAUACUACAACAUCCAUGAUGUAGAUUGAAGACAAGGCUCAUUUGUUCUGCUCCCCAUAUCAUAUGAUUACGGGUACAUUUGAAUACAUCUUUAUUGACUCAAUUUUGACAUGAAAUUGCUUUGCAGCCCGUCGGGUAAAUCUGAAAUUGACAAGAAUGAAGUUGUUAUUGCCUACAGGGCUUCUGAAAGUCACCCCUGUGAUGCCAUUACAGAAAGUAAAAGGGAAUUAAUAUGGUUGAUUAAAAGUCCUGGGAUGUGAAUAUUGGAUUAUUAUUAUGAAU